AUGCAGUUGCAUUUAUCUUCAAUCAGCAUGAUGUGUUUGCUGUUAGUAACACUGCAGUUGUCCUUCACCCCAAAGGUAACGAAUGCCUCCAUUUUUGGACAACCUAAUGACCGUGAUCUGUAUGGUCUACUGGGUGUGUCACGUGGCUCCACAAAGGCCGAAAUUAAGCGAGCAUUCCGUACGAUAACGCGGGAGCACCACCCCGACAUGCAAGAGGGUGCUGAAGCAAAGGAAAAAGCCAAGGAAUACAUGGCAAAAGUGCUUGUCGCGUAUAAUAUUCUAUCAGAUGAUAUCAAACGCAGUGAUUAUGAUCAGUUCGGAAGGAUUGCUGGUGAACGGCUUAACGCGGCAGAUUUUACAUCCGAUGAGUUAUUCGAGCGCUUUAAUCAGCAUCCACCUAUUUUAUCGAAAUCUUUGCAACUGGAGAAUCUCAUAGUCUUGCGAAGGAUUCUCAACUUCCGCGGAAACCGACUUUUCCUCCUUCAAGUGUACGAUGACACGUGCAAGUCAUGUCAAUUGUUCUCUUCAGUGUGGGAGAAUCUUGUGCACUCCACCCUCGUUGAAUCGGGUGCAGUUGUGCUGUUACGUAUUGACGCCUAUUCUGACGAGGGUCCGGAACUGCUUAAGGAACUUCAUGCUUCAUACGACAAGGAAGUGAAGGUUUAUGGUAUUGCAGAUGGGGUGGUGUGGAACAUGCCACAGAUGGCCGUCGCGGUGAAGAGUAACAGUCAGCGUCAAUUGGAUUACGCCUUAAUGGAGUUCGUUGGCAACUUUUUUUAUGACCGACGUGCCGAGGUGAAUUCAAUGGGCAAUGUGGAGGAUGUACAAGUUCUCCUUCAAUGGCUGCGGGAGCGCCGUUCUGAGGGCGAUUCCGUUCGCGUUUUGCUUCCCCCACUUGCAACAAACGAUAUGGGGGUGGCUUUAUCCGCUCUAUACGAAGGUUCAGCACUGGUUCGCAGUGUUCCACGGGCAGUGCUACUGAGUCUUGUUGAAGAAUACUGUGCGCAAUCCGUUGAUGUGCUCGGUGGUGGUGGUGAGCCCGUUCCCUUACCAGAGUUUGUGGUCGCUUCGGUUGAGCAAUUACCUAAUAUAUCUAGUGAUGAAUCCGCUGGUAAUAAAAGUCAAAUGAGAAGUUGUAGAGGGAUAGUAGUUGGAGCUGCUGCUGCCCUGACCUACCGCAAGGCCGUUAAUUUCCUGAAGGAGAGUUUUCCACAACGUCACCUCGGCAUGUCAGGUCUUACGCAUGUUACCAGUGUAUCUUUCUUUGAUAUAUGCAAAAAACACUGUUUGCUUUGGUUACGUGAUAACUGCGAGGGUGAGCCCACCGGCACUUGGUUGGAAGCGUUAAGAGGUGACUACAAACCGUUCAAAGUGGGUUACAUCUGUUUGAGCUCCGAGCCUUCUCUUAGGGAUGCAGUUCCUCUGCCUUUGGGCACAACGGGGAACUUACUCCUGGCUCUUGUCGAUGGUGACGAUAGUAAGCUUCACGUGAUGCCGGACAUUCCUGAUAAGGUAAACAUAGCGCAGUCACUGUCCAGUAUACUUGCAGAAGUUGGUUCCACCACACCACUGCAACUUGAUGCACCACUUUCCCGCAUUCUGUCGUCAGUACCGUUCCGAAUGUCACGCAAUCAAUACUUAUACAUGUGUUUCCUCUGGAUUUUUGGCCUGGUGUAUCCAUUCUUCUCUACGUGUUACCCCUUUUUCAUGAUGUUUGUGACGCACAAGUUGUUACAGCGGUAUAACCUUCUCGGAAACAACAGAAAUGACAACAACAGUCAGACAAACGAACAGCCAUCGGGUGCGUCCAACACCUGCAGCCGCUGUAGCGGCACCGCCCCUUCAGGCAGUUGUAAAUCCACCGCUUCAGUCACCCGUGGAAGCGCAUGUGAUAAUGGUACAUCUAGCAAAGAGGUUAUUUCGUGCCCUAUUGAGGUUUACACCUCAGCUGAUUUGAGGGAGGCAAAAGAUGGUCGAGGGUUUCUUAUACUAAUCUUUGCCGAAAACGGUAAAACUAUUGAGCCGCCACAGUGUUUCGCGAAGGACUCACGCUUUGUCUUCCGCGCUGUUCCAGAAGAUGACACCCUGUGGAGGCAGUGGCUUUCGCAACAUGUGACUUCCACACACACGGGCGGUGCAGAAGAAAAUGGCUUGAAUAAGGGGGGUGCAUUGCAUGUUGUUGCGAUCCGUCGGGGGAAAAUGCUCGCUGCAAUUAAAUCCCUGUGUGCUUCGGUGGAGGCCUGGUUGUUUGAUAUGGCUGAUGGUACAAUUGUCGCUGACUUACCGCUUCCGGAGCUGUGA